AUGGCUCACACAACAAUGGAUACGGGUUUGGUUUUGGUGGUGAUUGCCAUGCUGUGUGCAGGAGCUGCAGCUCAAACGAGUUGCACAAAUGUGAUAGUGAGCCUGUCACCGUGUCUCAAUUAUAUCACUGGGAAUUCUUCAACUCCAUCCCAAGGAUGCUGCUCACAGCUUUCCAGUGUGGUUCGCUCACAACCACAAUGCCUUUGCCAGGUUCUUAGUGGUGGUGGAUCAUCAUUGGGGAUCAACAUCAACCAAACUCAAGCUCUGGCCUUGCCACGUGCUUGCCAGGUGCAGACACCACCCACCAGUCAGUGUAACAAUGGAGCUGCUUCACCACCAACAGGAGCAGUAGCUGAAUCUCCAAAUUCUGUUCCAUCAGGAGGCGGAUCCAAAACCCUACCCACAACUGAUGACGGCUCUUCCGCCGGGAAUUCCAUCAAGUUAUCAAUUCCUCUGAUACUUAUUUUGGCAGCAACUUAUGUCUCAACUUUCACAACAUACUGAUCCUAUAAUCAGUUAUUUGCCAUUUGUUAUUUUUUUGCUUGUUUGGCAAUUGUCCUUUUUUUUCAAUCUUUCACUAUUAUUGAGUCUCCUUAGGUUGAAGGGUGUUCAAUCUAUUCAUUCGUGACCCUACUGGGUUACAUGGUUUUGUAUAAGGAGAGAUAUUUGCUCCCUGUCCAUUAUCAAUAAAGAUGGUUUGUAACUA